AUGUCUCCCAACACUGUGCAAAUUGAACGACCUCUCCGCAGUGUUGAUUGCAAAGUGAUCAUUGCGAGCCGCCGAUCCAAUCGAUCGCGGCUCCAGGCGAUCCGACAGUAUUCCGAAUCUGACGCCAAGAGACUCAUCCAGCGAUUUGAAUGUCUUGAUCAUGCCAACGUUCUCUCAGCUCGGGACUGCUACCUCGACGGGCUCUCCCUCUACGCACUAGUUAAAGAUCUUCCCCUCACACUGCAGCAUCUUGUGUCGUGCCCCAGGAUCUAUCCCACCGAGCUGGAGUUAGGGUCGAUAAUGUCUCAGAUCCUGGCUGGACUACAUUGUCUGAGCACCGUUGGGCUCUUUCAUGAAUCUCUUUCAUGUCGUGAAAUACUGCUCGGCCUAGAUGGAAUGGUUAAGAUUGCCUGUCUCGAGAAAUGCAUAGAGGGGUCACCAUCCGAGUCACAGACAAGAUAUAUCACAGCUCUACCAUCUAUAAUUAUGUCACUUAUACAAAAGCACGAGAAGGUGAAAGGGAUUGUGGGGGUAGAUGACAUGCAUCGCUGGCCGGUCGACUCAGCAAGCGUUGGAUUCUUGUCUGCUUCCUCGCUGGCACAAUCCAUCGCAUCACUGCAAAAUCAUCCCCUCGUUGCCACGAGGCGCCGACCUGCGGCGGAUCUCGUCAUGCUAGCACGGAUUGUGUUCAUUGCCGCGGAAGUUCCAGUCUCUUACGAAAUCGAAGGACUGCUAGCAAAUGAGGCUUCGGAUGAGGCGAAAGAAACAACUCACAGCAAGAUCACCAAGGUCAUUGCGGUCAUUGAUGAUAGCGGCCACGAAGUAUCGACUCCGGCAGAUAUUCCCCAUCUGGAUAACACACAUCCGGAACUUUAG